GCCAUAGCCCGCGCUUCCUCUCCAAGAUGGCGGCGCCCAGCGGGAGGAGCGGCCGGUACGCGUGGGCCGCGCUGGUGCCCGCCGCUCUGCUGUGUCUGGCGGCCAGGGCGGCCGCGGAACCGGGCACGGCCCCGGGUGCUGCCCCGAGCACGGCCGAGUUCGACGUGCGGCCCGGCGGGGAGGUUCACUCCUUCUCCCGGAGCCUGGGGGAUUACGGCUGCACCUUCACCUACUCAGCCCAGGGCGGCACCAAUGAGCAAUGGCAGAUGAGUGUYGGGGUCAGCGAGGACAGCGGGCUCUUCUCCUGCUCCAUCUGGAGGCCCCAAGGGAAGUCUUAUCUCUUCUUUACCCAAUUUAAAGCCGAAGUGAAAGGAGCCAAAAUCGAGCACGCCAUGGCUUAUUCUCAAGCUGCUGCAGGUUCCCAGAGCGACAUCCCCUUAAAACAGGAAGAGUUUGAAAUCACUGAAACCACAGUUUCUCACAGGGAAGGCAAAUUCCGUUUYGAGCUCUCCAAACUCGUGAUCUCAGCAAAAACCCCCCGUGAUGAGCUGUGACCCCGGGGCCAGCCCUGGAACAGGGGGUUUGGCCGGACCAGCAGUGACAUUUCCCUGUCACCUGCAGGGUUUUCCUUUGGUUUGGCCGAACUUUUUCAUUUUUCCAGUGCCAGGGACCGAGGCUGGGAGGUGUGAGGAGGGAUUUGUUGUGUUUUGUGUCAGGGUAAGGCCGUGCUUUGCAGCUGGAAAUUCCCCUGGGAGGCUCCAGAUCCUCCUGGGCCCCUCUCCCUGCUCUGCUGAGCUGAGCCUAGCAAAGCUGCCGUGAAAAGGGGCUCCUUAUCUGCCUGGCUGGGGAGAGAUAAGGGGCUGGGUUUCAGCAGGGAUGUUGUUAACUCUGUAGGUUCUGGAGGAGAGCUGGGAUUUCUCUCUCCUCCAGCACCACARGAGGAAAUAAUUCAUUUAAGGGGAGGAAGGGAGGGGUUGGCCAAAGCUCUGAUUUGGGCUGGGAUGGUUUGGGUGGGGGGAAUUUAUUCUGACACAAGCAGGGAUCAAUCCAAGCAGCACUUGCACGUCCCAGCACAACCACGGGACCGUUUUAUACCUAAAAAGUGAUUUUUCUUUGUUUUCUUAUCUGCAGUAAUAACGGGGAAGGUGUAAUUCCUGUGUAAAUACAGCACAAAUAAAGGAAUGAAGCAUCCUG